AUGUCUCCUGUAAUUGUCAUAACUACUUCUGAAUUGUCAAGUAUAGCUGUAGCCAUGAGAAAAAACUCAAGGAGAACAUGUACACAUCACAAAAAACCAAAACAUAAAAAGAUGGUAUAUCAGAUGGAUGGGAUACUCCAAAUGUAUAUUGAUGGGGCUGAGUAUGGAGCAAUUGAAGUGGCCCAAGAAGUUUGA